AUGGUGUUGAACAGUAUGCAAGAUCUGCCUGCAGAAAAUAUUUCAUUCACUACAUUCAAACUGAAUGGUUUCUAUUCUUUGGGAGAAUGGCGGCGCUUUCUAUUCAUCCCAUAUUUUCUGAUGUUUUUAAUGUCUAUCACCUCAAACUCUAUUCUCAUAUAUUUAAUUAUAACCCAGAGAGCUCUGCACUCUCCAAUGUUUGUAUUAAUUGGUGUAAUGGCCAUCGUGGACUUGUUUAUGCCAAUGUUUUCUGUACCACAUAUGCUGCUCAGCUUUUUAUUUGACUGGAAUGGAAUUUCACUUGUGGGCUGUUUAGCACAAAUAUUUUGCACUCAAUUUUUUGGUUCAUAUCAGUCUACUUUACUGAUGUGGAUGGCUCUAGAUCGGUUCUUUGCUAUAUGCAGACCUCUUUCUUAUCACAAUUAUAUGCAAAUGUCCAACUUUCUCAAGUUUAUUAUUGUUCCAGUAAUUAGAAAUAUACUCUUAAAUGUUGCAGUGGUUUCUUUGGCUGGAAAACUACAUUUUUGUAUGAAGAAUGAGAUAGAUCACUGUUUUUGUGAACACAUGGGAUUGAUCCAACUGGCAUGUGAAGAUACUUCUAUUAAUAACUUACUAGGGCUUGCAACUGCUCUUCUAAUACCAACUACAGAUUUUGUUUUUAUUACUGUAUCUUAUGUAAUAAUAUUUGCUUCUGUAAUGAAAUCAGGCAAGUCCAGCAUGAAGGCCAUCAACACUUGUAUUACACAUAUAAUCGUUAUGACUUUUAGUUUAGUAUUUGUUUUGACAGCUUUUUUGUCAUAUAGAAUUAGAAAUAAUUUUUCUCCAAACAGCCGUAUUUUUGCUAGUACAAUGUACACACUUUUUCCAAGCUGUUUCAAUCCAAUUAUUUAUGGAAUAAGAACAAAAGAAAUAAGGCAGCAGUUUUUAAAAUUCUUUAACCAUGUGAAAAUUUUAUCACAUUAA